GCUUUGGAAAUUUUACGAUUCAUUGUUGCUUGGACGUGGCAGCCAUGACGUGAUUUCUGACUUUGAACUAAAGAAAAUUUUUUGUUCAAAUUACAUUUGUAAAUUACACUAGAAAAAUUAACUUAAGGGGAAUACGUGCAUUAAUUAAACCAAACAACAAAACAAAGAGCUCAAUUAAGUGUAACAUAAAUGUAGAGUGAAUUUAAAAGCAAAAGCAAAGCAUAAUUUGAACAAAGAUCCAGUAAAAGCAGAAAUCAAAAGGGAGAACAGCACCACGGCCAUAAAACAACAACAAUCAACAACUACAAAAUUAACAACAACCAACAGCAGCAGCAUUAUCAACCACCACUAAAGAAAUCAGCAGCAGCAGCAACAACUUUAUUGUCCAAAUUGAAGAGCUUUUUUCGUGGUGCGCGUAACAGCACUUGGCUAUCGAUUGACCGGCCGACCGAUAACAAGCCGAUAAAUUCACUGUUCAACACUGCAGCACAGUUUAGCUGAGCAACAAAGCGAGCGCACAGCUGAUUGGGCUGUUUGUGUUUGUGUUGCUGGCUGAGAGCGGGAGGUAGAGUGAAAGGUUUACGUUUGCUGCGUGCGUGCCAAGUAACAGCGUGAGAACAACAACAACAACCUUAAGUUCUGCGUGUGACGUGGUGGGAGCGCAAAAACAAGAACAUCGCAUCGCGCAGGUGGCAGAUCCAAAAACAGCUGUUUCAACAAGCAAACUAUAACAACAAAAAACAACGUCGCUGAAAUCUACUAAAGCGACAAAGCGCGUUGAUGGCUAUUGUCGUAUAAAUGUAAAUAUAUACAGACAUAUUCUUUUCCAACAGUUGUGAGAUAAUUACUCACACGUACACGUUCUCAGCGACAGCGAUCAACAACAACCACAAUAACAAACAACUGAACCAACAAUUGCCAUUUUGGACCACGGGUAACGACACAUCCUGAAAACGUCUUGAAGAAGCUUCAACAUCAAAAACAAAUUUACAACAACUUCCAGUUACCAAAAUUUACUUCCAACGCUCUUCCGUGUCCGCAAAAGCAAAACAAAACAAAAAAAUAACAAAAAUCUAUCGAGAAUUGUCUAUCAAAUCCAUUUUUUGCCAUUCGCCACGCAACGUCACUACGACAAAGCAGCCAACUUAAGUAGCAAGUAGAACAACAUCAGCAGAGUAUAUCGAUAUACAAAAACAACAACGACGACUAGGUAACUACAAUUGUGAUCACCAUAUCAUCAUUAUAUACAACAAUUUGUGGACUGGGGGCGCGGCGGACACGUUAUGAGCAAUUCGAUUGCAUCAACAAAAUGCCUGCCCAAUGUCUCGUUCUCGUCCGGCAAUUAUGGUAUGUCACAAAGCCACCGUUAUACCGAUGAUAGCAAGGAGUACAUAUUCCUUAAGCUCACCGACUCUGCGUACCGUGCCAUCGAGGAGUAUCAAAGAAAUGAGCAUGCCAAUCGCCUGGGACCCGGCCAAUGCGCCAAAAUACAAUGCAAUGGCAACACUGGCUUCAUACACUUUCCACUUCCCAACAGCGAUAGCAAUGGUAAUGCUAAUGCUAACAACAAUGGCAUGGAGAAUGGACGUAAAUUCGGCUUCACCAUCGAUGACUUGGAGGGAACGCUGGAGUGCAUACAGCAGCAUGAUCAGAGGCUCGAUGUCCUUGGUGCGUUGGCGCGUCGAAUGCGCAUUCAUGCCAACGAUGAUGUCUACGAUACAACGCGCACAAAGAUGGCCCGGGCUGAGGAGACGGAGAAGAGCAAAUGUAUACGUGAGAUCAAGCCAAAUCAAUCGGAUAUUGGGCGUAAGGUGAAGAAGCCACCAAGCGCUUCGGCAUCGCAUCACAGUGGGAACAACAACAACAACAACAACAACAGCAGCAGUAGCAGCAAUAGUUUUAACAGCAACAAUAGUCGUAAGUUAGGUACAUCGCCAUUUAAUGGUCUGACAUCAUCAGUAGCAGCGGGAGCCGCUGCAACAUUAUCCUCACGCUCACCCAAUCCCAAUAUGUUGGGCGCCAGUGGCACAGUCAAUGGCAACAGUAGUCGCAACACGGCCGCUGCCACGCUGGCCAACACAUUCGCCAAUGGCAUCUCGCAGGGUUAUGCAGGUCUGAGCGGCAACUCGCCCCGCGACAGCAUCAGCAGUAGCACAACAACAACUGUUGCUAAAUCUGGCAACAGCAGCAGCAACGGCAAUGGACGCAAUAAAAUGCUCAAUGGCAGCAAUUCUCGCAAUGGUAACACCAAAUCAGGAGGAGGAAGUGGCGGAGGUGGGGGAGGCAACGGAGCAGGUGGAAAUGGUAACAAAAUGUCGGAGGUUUCACGUCGCACGAUACGCGAGCGUUUGAUACAUUUACUGGCACUGAAGCCGUUCAAGAAACCAGAGCUGUUUGCACGCCUUAAUCAUGAGGGCAUCAAGGAUCGGGAGCGCAACAUGAUAUGUAAUAUACUCAGGGACAUAAGUGUUAUGCCACAACACAAUACGUACAAUUUGCGCCGUCAGAUGUGGAACGAUGUCGAUGAGAAUUGGCCGUUCUUUAGCGAACAGGAACUGCAGCAGCUGAAGCGUCGUAAGCCACAGAAUCUGACGCCACCCAUGAGCUCGGAUGCGGGCAGCUCAACAUCCGGACAAAGUCCGACAUCCACACACACGGGCAGUCCGCCGCCAUUGAUGUCGAUGGGAUCGGGUGGAGGCGGUGGACACGGCAUGGGAGGACAGCAUAUGAUGUCCGCCAAUAGUGGCAGCAGUCUCAAGCGCAGCAGCAUCGAGUACGAUGAAAUGUUCAAUCCGGUGCAGACGAAAAAGAUGCGCAUCAGUCAUUACAAUCGCGAAACUGGCAGUGCUCCUCAAUCACAAUCGCAAUCAUCAUCAUCAGUCUCCUCCUCCUCAUUAAAUAGUGUGCCUACGUCGACGUAUCGCAGUCGAACUGGAAGCUCAGCAGCUGCUUAUACGCCGCCACAACAGCAGCAGCGUCAGCAACAGCAUCUGGUGGAUGAGCACAGUAGUGAUUUGAGCUACAAUGUGCUGGACAACAUUGACGAGUUCAGGAGCAUUGAGCAGCAGCAGCAGCAACCACAACAGCAGCAGCAGCAACAGAUGCGCGGCAAUAGUCGACGCACUAGCAGCAGCAGCUCAUCGAAGCAAGGCAGCAACGGGAGCACGGAUAAACGCAAUUCCACAGGCAGCAACUCGAGCAGUUCCAGUGGCUAUGAGACGCAGCAGGAGCGCAACAGUCGCCAGUCCUCGUCAUCGUCGUCGUCGUCGGCAAACAGUCGCAAGUCCUCAACAACGCCACCAAAAUUGGCAGCAAGUUUUGUGCGACAGUCGGCGCCGGCAGCGACAACGCAGCAGCAGCAACAACAACAACAAAAGCAGAAACAGCAGCAUCAUCAGCAACAACAACAACGCAGCAACUUUAAUAGUAACAGUAGCAACAACAAUGCGCACGAUGAGUACAAUUCAUACAACAACAAUACGCACGCCGCUUCUAACAGCAAGAAGCGCACGAGCGAAAGCAGCAGCAAUGGUCAGCGACAACGCAACAGCAGCAGCAGUAGCAGCAACGUCUAUCAGCAACAGGAAAGGCAGCAAAUGCAGCAGGAUAGACAACAGCAGCAACAGUUGUCGCACCAUCAGCAGCAGCAGCAUCAUCAACAGACGCAGCAGCAGCAACAGCCACAACACCACAAUCAUCAUCAUAGCAAUCGCGAGUCGACAGCCAGCAAUCAUCAGUCCCAUCAUCAGCAACAGCAGCAGCAGCAGUCGAAUCCCCAGCACCCAUCGCCCACCCAGCAGCUGGCGGAGGCAGCUCACGCCUAUGCCGAUGGCAAUGCCAACAACGAUGGUGCGCCACACUAUGACUUUAGUCAGUAUGCUCCGAUACGCACGCUGGAGGUGCGUCGAUGCUAUAAGAAUGAAUUUCAGAGCGACUAUGUCGAGUACUGCAAACUGUUGACCAGCGUUGAAGGUGUGCGCAAACGCUUCCAGGAUCUCUCCAAACGCUUGGAGGGCGCUCAGCAGCGGGGAGGCGAUGAUUAUGAUCAGAUCAAGCGGCAGAUUGUCAACGAAUAUGAGCGCAUUAAUAAUGAUCGCGGCACACAGGAGGAUAAGCAGCGAUUUGAUUAUUUGCAUGCCAAAUUGGCGCACAUCAAGCAGCUGGUCAUGGACUAUGAUAAGACUUUGCAGCAGACGACUGCAGCAGAAGCAGCAGCAGCCGAGGCUCAAGCAGUUGCAGCGGCCGCAGCAGCAGCCGCAGCUGCAACAAGACUGGCAGAGAGUAGCAGUAGCAAUAACUUGCAGCAUCAGCAGCAACAGCAACCGCAGCAAUAUCAGCAACAACAGCAGCAGCAACAUCAUGCUGUCGUAACGAUACAGCAUCAACAAGAGCAACAGCUACAGCAGCAACACCAUUAUAACAACAACAACAAUCACGGCAGCCAUGAUAGCGACUCGGAUGAUAGUUCAGCUAGUUCUGAUUCCAACGAUGAUGAUGACGAUGAAGAAGAUUGCGAUGAUUCCAACUCCAAUACUGAUGACGACGAACACUACUGAAUGAACGAAUCAAUCAAAUCAACUCCAAUCCAAUCAAAUCAAUUAAACAAUCGGAAACAAAAUGCUACUUUAAUGCAACAGUUGCUGCUGCAACAGUUGCAAGCAAUGUAAAAAGGCAAAAAAAAAGAAACUAUUAUACAUAUAAAUAUAUAUACUAUAUAUAUUACACAAUUAUUAUAGUAAACAACAGAAACACCAACAACAACAACAACAAAGCGUUCUACAAGAAAAAUUAUACUAAAUAAACAAAAAAAAAACUAAACAAAAAAUGUUGAAAUUAUGUUAACAAAAAAAUUAAAAACACAAAAUACAAAAAAAACUAUUUGCAAAACGUGUCGUAAAAAGCAAAAGAAAAACGCAUAUAUUUUCAAUGCAACAAAAAGCAACAACCAACAUGCCUAAACAACAACAAUAAUAACAAGCAAAGAAAAAAACAAUUUUUGUAGACUUGAAAAACAAUUAGGGGCAAUUCAAAUGUAAAAUGUUUGAUUUUUGAUUUUGUUUUUUAAACGUUUUGUGUGUAAUAAUAAUUAUAUUAUUGUCAAGCAACUUUUUUUUAAUAUAUACAUUUAUCUAUAUAUAUAAAUAUAGACAGCAAGAGAAAAAGCGAGAGAGCUUAUGUUUUUCUUUUUGCGAUUUCCAAAACUCGGACAACUUUUUCCAACUGUUUCUUAUUUUAUACAAAACAACAACACAACACCAACACACAUACACCAACAUACACAGCAAUAUGUUACGUACACAAUCAUAUAAACUUUUGUUUUUUUUUUGUUUACAUUUUUUGUUGAUAAACUACACAAUAUGUAAAUACCAAUACAUAAGUAUAUAAUUUCCUAUUCCUCUUCCAAACCAAGACAAAACAACAUACAGUGUGACAAAAGCAAUUCGUUUUUGGCAAUCACACAGCCAGACACAAGAACACACAUUUCUAUAUGCUUCUCCUCCUUCCCCUUCUUCUGGUGGUGUUGCAUGCGGGCGUGCCUCUUUAACAAUAGACUGAACUUUUAAACGGCUUGUUAAUUUUUUUUAUAUAAGUAUAUAUACUUACUUAUUUGUAGCAGCUUGUGUAGAAAAAUUUCAAUUUUAAUUUGUGUAUAACUAGUUAAUUUUUGUUAUAAAAGAAUAUUUUUGUGUGUGUUUUGCAAAUCGUACACAAAAUAUAAUUUUGUUUUACUUGUUUUCUUCUUAUCAAACAUUUCAAUGCGCUAACCAUAAAUUAUUUAUUUUUUUUGCGUUUGCCUGUUUAGACAAAUUUUUGCUCAAAACAAAAAAAAAAAACAAACACAUUAAAUAAAAAGAAAAAAACAAGAAUGAAAUACUAAGUAAAUGAGUUAUAGACAUGAUUGUGCGGUUGUAUCAGAGCUAUGCGGCCCCAAAAUAAGCUGUUUGCUUUUAGUUUUAGAACAACUUUAAGCACGUUACAGACGCUUCCUUAAAAUAUAUGUAUAAAAAACACAAAAAACAUAAAUCGAGUAAAGUCAUUUGCUUGAGAAAUUAUAAAAUAAUUUGCUGAAACUCUAGUGUCCAAAAACAAAAACAGAACUAACAAAAAAUAUUUAAUAAAAAUAUCUAAAAACGAAUAAGAAUGGUAGAGAAUGAAUGAAAAAAAAAACACAAAACGACGAAAGUGAAAGGAAGGAAACAACCGACAAAUUUUU